AUGCGUGGGACGUCCAAGUGCUCCAGCUUCGCACACCUUCGCCCGCCGUCGUCUCCAGUCAAGAAGGAAACGUUGACCGUUUCGUCCAUCGCGCGGCCAUUGCUCGCCACCAAGAUGGCUGAGAUGGAGAAGCAGCUGGAGGGCGUGGAGACCAACGGCAUGGAGUUGGACGAUGGCUGCCGCCUGGCGUCCGCCCCCGAAGCUACCGCGAUCCAGAAGAAGGCCACGCUCGAGGAGAUCGAUCGCUCGCUCAAGUCCAUCGCCGGA